AUGAGGAGUAUCGCUAGACCGUCGAGGCUCACACAGCCCCAGAGGAUACCCCUACGAGCCUGCUCUUCUUACCCUUGCCGUUUCUUCACCUCACGCCAUGGCCACGGCGGUGCCAACUCUUCCUAUCUGUCGCGUGUCGACGAACACGAGAUUGUGCAGCUGGCCAAGAAACCUCAGCAUCCACUGAGCCUCGCCGAUUUGGUCAAACAUGGCCGUCCUCCGCUGAGCGAAAAGUCCCUCUUCUCUUCGGCCAACUUCACCCUGUCACUACUACCCAUUCGCCUUGCCCACCGCAUCCAGGCCCUCCGAAACCUGCCAUAUAUCGUAGUGUCGAACCCCAACAUUAGUCGAAUCUAUAACAACUACGUCCACUCCCUCUCGACACUACUUCCUUGGUGGACUAAGGGCGGCAAGGGCGGCGAGAAUGCGGUUCGGACGCUCGACGAUGAGAUUCGCUUCACAGAGGUCCUGGCAGAGCUCGUCGCGACACACACCGAUACCAUACCGAUUCUUGCUCGGGGUUUCCUCGAGUGCCGCCGCUACAUAAGCCCCGCAGAAGUCACUCGCUUUCUUGAUGAACAUCUCCGUGCUCGCAUAGGCACACGCCUCGUGGCCGAGCAGCACAUCGCCCUUCACUACAGCAGCCAGCCGCAUUUCGACCCGGGUGCCAGUCCGACGCCAUGUCCGGAGCAUCCCAGCUAUAUUGGCGUUAUCGACACCGCUCUACGUCCUGCUCACAUUGUCGAAUCCUGCGCUGGCUUCGUUGCCGACAUUUGCGAACUGCGGUACGGCGUUCGCCCACACUUGAUCAUUGAUGGAGAACCAGACACUACUUUUGCCUUUGUGCCAAUGCAUCUCGAGUACAUCGUCACCGAGCUGCUCAAGAAUGCCUUCCGAGCCACCGUAGAACACCGUGACAACAAGGAGCCUAUCGUGGUAACGAUCGCUCCCGAGCCGCCCGCUCGCAAGCAGUCGGGGCAGCCCCUCAAGAUUGACGUGCCCAAAGAGGGUAGGGGUGAAUUUAGGAGCGAUGCUAUACGGCCGCUGGAUGACAACGUACCAGGAGUGACCAUUCGGAUAAGGGACCGAGGGGGUGGUAUAGCCCCUGAGGUACUGCCCAACAUCUGGUCGUACUCAUUCACCACUUUCUCCGAAGACGAUGAGUUUCCUGGUUCCGAUAACGAUGGGUUAAACGUGAUAUCCAAUGCGAGUGCAGGCGGAAGCACUAUUGCAGGUCUCGGAUACGGUCUGCCGCUUAGCCGAGCAUAUGCUGAGUAUUUUGGCGGUGGCAUUGCUGUGCAGAGUCUAUAUGGCUGGGGUACUGAUGUCUACCUUCGACUCAAUGGUGUGGGCAAGAUUCAAUAG